GUCCACAUCGUUCCUCCUUAUCAACACGCUACCGCAGUCAGUCAACCUCCCACCUCGAUCUAGUUCCACUGCACCGCAGCCGGCCGCCGGUCAGCUCCACGGCCGUCGUCCUUCUCACUUCUUGCAGCUGAGCCACCCUCCACACCGUCACAGCCGCGCGCUGUCACCUCUCCUCCCUCAGCACCACCACUAGUCACUUCACUACCCCCCAUAGCUCCGGCCGCAAGGUUCCUCUGGUUCCCGUUUGGCCACUACUCCUGAUGGUCGAUCCCAGCAAGCACAGCUCGGAUCUGGCUGGCCCUGAGCCUCUGGCGUUCAGUUCCAACCCGAUCUAAGCUGUUCCUGCCGGAUCUUGGCCGCCUUCGCUAGCACCACUGUGCAGUGGUUGCUCGGCAAGUCGGCAUCUCGCCACUGCAGCCGCCGUCACCACCAGCUUUGGUGGUAGUCUCGUCGAUAAGGCUAGCUGCCUGGGAGUGAAUCAGGGUAAUCAUGGAGUUCGCCACGAAACCGAUGAUGGAGUUCGCCUGGAGGUCAAUGGGCACCCUCCUCCCCAAGCUGGUCCGGCUCCUGAAGGAGGAGUACCACCUGCAGAAGAGCGUCAAGGAUGGGAUCAAGUUCCUCAUCUCCGAGCUCGAGAGCAUGCAGGCUGCCCUCGAGAAGGUGUCCGACGUGCCGGCCGACCAGCUCGACAAGCAGGUGAUGCUUUGGGCCAGAGACGUCCGGGAGAUGUCCUACGACAUCGAGGACAGCGUCGACACCUUCCUGGUGCGCGUGGAUGGCAAGAAGCCAGCUAGGCCGCUCAGCAUCAAGGGGAUUAUAGACAAGGGCCUCAAUUCACUGGCCAAGAUCAAGUCCCGGCACAAGAUAGCCGCCGACAUCAAAGAGAUCAUGGGGCAUGUCCGGGAGGCGAAGGAGCGGCGUUACAGGUACAAUGUUGAUGGUGUUGUUGCAAAGCCUCCAGCAACGUCCAUUGAUCCUCGCUUAUCCGCUCUGUUCAAGAAAGUGACCGAGCUCGUUGGCAUUGGGAAGACAAGGGAUGAGCUAAUAAGGAUGCUAUCUGAAGGAGAUGAUGGGUCCAAGAAAAAGCUCAGGGUUGUCUCUGUCGUUGGAAUCGGGGGAUUAGGCAAGACAACUCUUGCCAAAACAGUGUAUGACAAGCUUAAAGUGGAGUUUGAAUGUUCAGCUUUUGUUUCUGUGAGUCAUAGCCCUGACAUGAAGAAAAUCUUCAAGGACAUUCUCCUUGAGCUAGACAAGGACAAAUACGAUAAUAUUCAUAACACAGCAAAGGAUGAAAAGCAGCUCAUUGAUAUCCUCCGUGAAUUCCUCGGCAACAAGAGGUACCUCAUUGUUAUCGAUGACAUAUGGGAUACACAAUCCUUAGAGACAAUUAGACUGGCUCUCGAGCGGAAUAGUUGUGGAAGCAGGAUAAUCACAACUACUCGUAAAUUUGAAGUUGCCACAGAAGCUGGUGAUGUCUACCAUCUAGAGCCACUUUCGUACAGUAACUCCAAAAAAUUAUUUUAUACAAGGAUAUUUGGUGGUGAAGGAAAAUGCAAUGAAAAUAAACCUGAUGAGGUGUUGGAUAAAAUUUUGAAGAAAUGUGGUGGUGUACCAUUAGCUAUAAUUACAAUGGCUAGUUUGCUGGCUGGUAAACCCACAGAGGAGUGGUCUGAGGUCUAUACUUCUAUUGGUUUCAGCCGUAAAGAUAACUGGCAUGCAGAAAAUACUAUGAGGAUAUUGUCUUUUAGCUACUACGAUAUGCCUUCUCACCUAAGGACUUGUUUAUUGUAUUUAAGUGCUUUUCCAGAAGACUACGUGAUCGAUAAGAAUGAAUUGAUAUGGAAGUGGAUCGCUGAAGGUUUUAUUCAGAGGGAACAAGGAGUUGGGUUAUUUGAGCUUGGAGAGAGAUACUUCAAUGAUCUCAUAAACAGAAGCUUGAUACAACCAUUGGGGACUGGGGACUAUGGCACUGUAAAUGGUUGUUGUCUUCAUGAUAUGAUGCUUGGACUAAUCCGUUCUUUGUCGCAUGAGGAGAACUUUGUUACUAUAUUGCACAAAGGGCAGGAUGACACAAUAGUACAAAGUAGUACACGAAGGCUAUCCCACCACAAAAGAACUGUGAAUCACAAUUCUGAGUCUCAGAUGUACUUGACACAUGUCAGGUCAUUCUCCGCAUUUUUGUGUGAUAUUGAAAAGAUGGUACCACUUUCAAACUUCCAAGUUUUACGCGUAUUAGCCUUGGAAGAGUGUCGAUUUAUGGAAGGUUACCGUCUCACUCAUCUUGGGGAGCUCCUUCACUUGAGGUACCUUGGACUAGCAUAUACACCGAUAUCUGAGAUCCCAAAAGAAAUAGAAGCACUUCAAUUUCUGCAGACACUAGAAUUGGCAGGCACUGGCAUUAAAGAAUUGCCAUCCAGCAUUGGCUUUUUGACACAAAUGGUGUGCCUGCAUGGUGAUCGUUCCACAACAAGAAUACCAGGAGAUGGGAUCAUUGGCAAGAUGACAUCCCUGGAGGAGCUGUGGGUACGCCCUGCCGCUAACAAUGACAAUAACAAGUCUGCAAAGCAAUUUGUGAAAGAGCUUGGGAACCUGAAGGAAUUGAGGGUACUUGAUACCGUUAUUGAUGGGCUGGAUGAGAGUAUGGAGGAAGCUUUACUCGAGUCUCUACGUUAUCUAAGGAAGCUCCGGUAUCUGGAGAUCAGUGGUCGACGAUGGGGAAAGUCUUUGAGAUUGGAGGCUCCUGGUUUCAUACUCCCUCGGAGUCUGCAACAUCUGUGGUUGUCAGGUUUAAGGUUCUCCAACCUGCCUACAUGGAUAAACUCCUCUCUUCUUCCAAACCUCUGUGUGUUGUGUGUGGUUGUCGACUCUAUGGACUAUCGGGACAUGAGAAUCAUUGGGAAAUUGCCAAAGCUCCACUACCUCCAUCUGUACACAGAGUCGACAUUUGUUGUAUAUGGUGGUGAUGGCUACUUCCAGAAGCUUAAGUAUUGCAAGUUGGGCACAGGUGUUACUGCCAUGUUUAGAGAAGAUAAGUCUGGAGUACCAGUCAUGCCAAGCCUCGAAGUCCUUGACUUCAGUAUCUCUAUUCGGCGCUUGAUGGAUUUCUGUUUUUAUCAUGGUCAGGGGAUAAAAUUCUUACCUGUGUUGGUUGGGUUGCAUUUCAUCCCUUCAUUGCUAGAGGUGAAAGUUACAAUCUCAUGUCAGGAUGCUUUGCCUCGAGAGGUGGAUGACACAGAGAAAGUUCUGAGAAACACAGCCUUCAAGCAUCCUAAAUGGCCCUACCUUGAAGUGGAAAAAUUCGGCAAAGAUAAAAUGAUCACGUCUGUUGAAGACCAAUCCUGGGCUAUGAUGGACUUCCGUGACGUAAUUGAUUACCAUGUCCAUGUACGGGAAUUAAAUGAUAUUGGAUCUGCAUUGGACUUUACAAGUUUGGGAAAUUUCCCUAUUCUUGAGAAAGUCAAUGCUUCUAUCAACUGUGAGGAUGCUACAGCUGAUGAGGUGGAGAGAGUGGAGGCUGCGAUGCGGGACGCAGUUGAAGCUCAUCCGAACCAUCCGGUGCUUCAAGUGGAAAGGCAUGGUGCAGAAAAAAUGAAAGUAUCAAAUCAGAAAGGCCAAAAGCCGGUGGAUCACAAAUUCGUGAUGCUGCCACAGAAAAUGAGGAUGAUCUUACCACCUCCAACGACACCACCAACAUCAGUCAUUAUUGCGAACGAAGAAAAAGAAGAAAUGGUGGAGAAUUCCAUGGCUUAAUAUGAGAUUUUGGAUCAGUUCCAUGUGAUUCAAAGCAUCAAUUCGUGCAUGUAGGUAUGAGCAAUAUGCUCAUAGCAUUUUGUUUCUUUUUGGGAAUAUGCAGACACAUGAGGUCUAUAUAUGCGACUUACUGCAUGUAACAAAUUAUAUUGCCAUGAGUCUCGAGUCAGGUCACGACAUUUUUUUAAAACUAGUGUGAGAUACAGCAGUUUUUGCCCGUUGCAAGGCAUAUAAGAUGGCGUGGAAAUUAUGGUUAUGUUCUACCUCAAUUGCAGUCAGAGAACACUGAGACUCUCUCUUGUUGCUUCAUUUGAGUACAAAGCAACUCUCAACACUGCUGUUUUUGACUUUCUCAAUUGCAGUUUUUGCCCGUUGCAAGGCAUAUAAGAUGGCGUGGAAAUUAUGGUUAUCUUCUACCUCAAUUGCAGUCAGAGAACACUGAGACUUUCUCUUGUUGCUUCAUUUGAGUACAAAGCAACUCUCUCAACACUGCUGUGAUGCUUAAUGAGUUAAUGCAACUAUUACACAGCGUAGAGUUAGGAGGAUUCUGUUUCUGCAUAGUUUUACUCUGCUUCUGCUAUCAAGCAAAACCAAGUGCAGGAUUGACAUGGCAUGGAUGGGUGCUGGUAAUGCUCUGCCACCUGGCAGUAGUUUAUAGAAUAGUCAGUUGUUUGAAAUUUCUGAUAUCAAUCUACAAAUAUUUUGUUAAA